ACGAUUACGCUGCGUGGUUCUCUAUCUCUGACGUAGUCACACAGCGCGACUGUAGUAUAAAUGGAGAGAAAUCGAGUACGCAAGUUAGUUCGCCUUGAGCCGUCGCAGAGAGUGGUAUCGAAUACGCUCUGCGUCACUGAGGGAAUCUUAAGUGAAUUUUUAAGCCUGCCAGUUUUAGGUUAUGGAAAACUCUUUAGACGAAACAGAUGGCUUAGGAGUCGGUGGGCUGAACUACAACAUCCCACCGGCGUCACCCAGGAUCAUGGGCUGCUCUCAGCCUGUCACCCUCGGCGAGGAGGCCUCCGAAGAGGACAGAGAAGUCAUCGUUGAAUGGGGCACACGCGACUCCUGCUGGCCCAGUUGACUCGAGAAGCAGCCGGGCCACAAGAGCCCGACAUUUUCCCAGUCGACCACCGCGCCUCCGCUUCAGCGCGCGCAGGGUCGCCGUGGCAGUGCUAGCAGUGUGGACAGCGCAGUCAGUGGUAGUACAAGCAUCUCCUUUACUUCCAACUCGUACGCGUCUUCAGGUUUCAUCACAAGAACAGAAGAAUUUGGUUCAUUAAAGUUGCCGAUAUCAGAUUACUCUGAAGCGCACUCCUCGGGUUACUUCUCGUCACGGUGUGACGGCGUGAGUGUGACGGACAGCAGCGCCCGUGACGACGACUCGUCCAGUGACGACAGCGACUGGGACGAGGACGAGUGGCCAGCGCAUCACCCACUCGUACUGCCCCUCUACGGCUGUGAGCGGCCAGAACUUGAGUUCUCGUGUGAGCGCGACUUGCGAACUUUCCUGGUGCCAGUGAGGCAGCAGCUGCAGGACUGCCUGCAAGCCUUGCCCUACGACACAGUGUCAACAUUUCUACAGUUCUGCCAAGAGUUUAACAAGAACCGUUCAGACUACAGCUCUCUGUCAGAGUUCUUCCGUGACUACGACAUACCGGUACUGCCCGGCCGCUACACCUGCGUCGGGCUCAGCUCCGACCUCCUGUCCAAGCUUGUGCAUUUCGAGUCGUCUCACCCCGGCCUGAAGGACUCCAUGUACCUGGUGUCGUGCGAAGAGGACAUCGAGCGUCUCGACUGGUACUGCUCUAACUCGACGCCGCCGCUGUUCCCGAGCGAGAAGGAGCACGUGCUGGUGUGCGUGCGCCUGCGCGUAGCAGGACGCCCGGGAGUAGUGCUCAUGGACCCAGGCUAUCAUUUGUCGGAGCCCAUGGUUGUGAUGGAGGAUGGCUUGAGCCCUCACGCUGCCACCCACGUCGCCAAGUGUGGCACUACCACCAAGACCAACACCUACGAGAUCUACGAGCAUAACUCCUCGUACGUCGUGUGGCGGUCCAGCAAGGAGACGCCCCUGGGAACCUCGAAAUGUGUCAACGUCGUUCACGUCUCGCGUCCUUUCCUGUCUGGGCUUGACGUGGCUGAGCGACAUAACCUUGUCUACGGAAUGAAAACAUUGAUUAACAGAGCACGGAAUGGUGAAAUUAGAUCAGGUUUUUACUUCACUUUGCAGCCGAUCAGAACCGCUAAAUUGACUUUGUUCUUUUCCGAUGAUAAUGGCGAACAGUUCCGCGUGAAGGUGCCGUUUACGAAGUUCCUCGAUGGGCCAAACUCUGUUGGUCAUAACACAUCGUUGGAGCGCUGGAGCCCUGCACGCAAGUGUGCCUGGACGUGUGGGGAAGAGGAUCUCUGGCGUGAAGCUCUGGCUUGUGUGGCCAGAGACUCGGGCAGAGGACGAGAGAUUUUUGACAUCCUGCCCCAGAUAGCCUCUUUGCUCGCUGAUAGCCAUCUCCUGGAUCAGCUCUUGGAGAUAAAUGCUGCCAUAGUGAACAUGAGCAAGGAUAACUGAAGACGGAAUAUUGGUUGCCACGUACGGGAAAACUCUGUCGGAACUGAUUCCUUUACCUUGAGUUAUACAGUACUACUUUGUGCUCUUUCUUUUUUAAUUGUGCAGAAUACAUUUUUUAAGCGAU